UGUCUAGUUAUGAUAACAAGAGAUUGUUUUUAAGGGACAAUAUUUAUUCCAUUCCUUAUCACCAUUGUGAUUGGGUGAAAUACAAUGAAAAUUUAAAACGGGUGCAUGAAGAACUGUUAUACAAGAUAGCGGAGAAAACAUUUGAAGAAUUAACGUGUACUGUGCAAGAAGAAUUGUAAUUAUCUGUUCUUGAAAAUAGCAGUCUUGAAGCUUGUUAUUACUUUUUCUUAAUUUUACCCUUUCUGUUUUCUUUACCCUUUCUUUUUUCUCUGUUGCCUCUCCUUUCAGUCUCUCACCUAGAUUGCCCUGACCGCAAGAAGCAAAAAGACAGCACAGCAAUCCUCCUCAAAGCAGUAAUCUUAUCAAGAGGAGGUCGUUCGAAGCCACACGCAAGAAAAGUACGUUUUACCUUUACGAUCAUGGAAGUCACUGCUUUGUCUAUUAAUGUUGAACAACUUCAUCAAAUACACGUGGCGACAAUAAGUAGUACAAGUGUACAUUUCUUU